AAAUUUUAUCUAAACUACCUACCCCAGAAUUAGCUUAUUGGUCAUUUCACAUACUCAAUCACCUUUAAGCUAUCAGCUAUUUACCAAACACUUUUAUAUAAUCAGUUAAUACAAUAAGUUAGUCAAAUCAGUUAAUAAAAUCAGCCAGUCAAAAUCAGCUAACUCAAUCAGCUUCAACUUCAGCUUUCAGCUUUCUCCCAAACAGGGCCAUAGUUCAAUUAAAGUAAAAAAAAUUAUAAUGACCCGGGCUAUCGCUCGCCAAUAACUAGUUUCAAUCCUAAAUCUCAACGGCUCAUCUUUAUGUAUUCCCAAUUUUCCACCACAUACACACACAUACUUUGCAAGAAAAAGAGAACAACAAUGGCACUCUGUAGUCACUCCACACUAACAGCAUCAGCAAUGAUUCACACCAGGUGUUUCAGCGCUUCAAAAGAAACCAAUCUUUCAAAACCCUCUUUGAAGCUUCCCCUUUUCUGGCCAUGGCAAAAGGUCAAAGUCGGCCCUCUUAGUGUUUCUCCAAUGGGGUUUGGUACCUGGGCAUGGGGGAAUCAACUCUUGUGGGGUUACCAAGAAUCAAUGGACGAUGAGCUUCAACAGGUUUUCAAUCUUGCUGUUGAUAAUGGCAUCAAUCUUUUUGAUACUGCUGAUUCUUAUGGAACUGGGAAAUUAAAUGGGCAAAGUGAGAAGCUUUUGGGCAGAUUUAUUCGUGAAUAUAAAGGGAAGAAAGGAGUGCGGGAUAAUAUUGUAAUUGCAACAAAGUUUGCUGCAUAUCCAUGGCGAUUAACUCCGGGACAAUUUGUGAAUGCUUGCAAGUCUUCUCUAGACCGAAUGGAACUUGAGCAGAUUGGAAUAGGGCAACUGCAUUGGUCAACUGCAAAUUAUGCUCCAUUGCAAGAGAUGGCUCUUUGGGAUGGAUUAGUAGCAAUGUAUGAGAAGGGGUUGGUUCAAGCUGUUGGUGUAAGCAAUUAUGGUCCUAAGCAACUUGAAAAGAUUUAUACAUAUCUCAAUAAUAGAGGAGUUCCUCUAUGCUCUGCUCAGGUGCAGUUUUCUUUGUUAAGCUUGGGAGAUGAGCAGAUGGAGGUCAAAAAUAUGUGUGAUUCUUUGGGCAUCCAGUUAAUUGCAUAUAGUCCUUUAGGGCUUGGGAUGCUUACUGGAAAAUAUACUCUUUCAAAUUUGCCAAGUGGGCCCAGGUCCCUGCUGUUCCGGCAAAUCCUCCCAGGACUGGAACCUUUGCUGCGUUGUUUGAAUGCAAUAGCUAGUAGGCGUCAGAAAACAAUGAGUCAAAUAGCAAUUAACUGGUGCAUCAGCAGGGGUACAAUUCCCAUACCGGGUGUCAAAACUAUCAGACAAACCCAGGAAAAUUUGGGUGCACUUGGUUGGCGUCUCAGUAAGGAUGAAAUAACUCAAUUGGAAGAUGCAGCACUCCAAUCUCCUAGAAAGAUGAUCCAGAAUGUAUUUCAGACCAGGUAAUCCCAAUUUCUUGCUUCCAAUUACAUGGCGAAAAUUCCAGAAGAUGGUACCCAUCAUUUUGAUUAAGGUAUAUACUUCGUAGUUCGUAUAUGUUUAGGGGACUAUCAGCAAGCAAAGAAGACUUGCAUUUUGAUGUCAAAAGCAGAAGCUUGGAGAUUGUUGUGGGAUUUUUCUUCGAAAUCAUCCGAUCGUGUG